AUGGGCGCCACAAACAACUCCAUCGGCGCCAAUUUCGUCCUCGGCAUGGCCAACCUCGUCUUCCCCGAAUACACCAUCCAGCGCUGGCAGACCGUCCUCGUCGCAUACCUGAUCGCCCUCAUGUCGACCGCCAUCAACAUCUGGGGCGCGCAUCUGCUGAAUCGCCUGGCGCGCUUCAUUCUGAUCUGGAACGUGGGCUCGUUCCUCGUCACCAUGAUCGUUGUCCUCGCGACAAACGACCACAAACAGCCCGCGUCGUUCGUCUUCUCCGAGUUCCAGAACUUCUCCGGCUGGGGCCCCGCCAUGGCCGCCAUCGUGGGCAUCCUGCAGGCCUGCUUCGGCAUGUGCUGCUACGACGCGCCGUCCCACAUGACCGAGGAGAUGAAGUCGGCCUCCAAGGAGGCCCCCAAGGCCAUCAUCCUCUCCGUCGUGCUGGGCGCUGUCACGGGGUUUGCCUUCCUGCUGACGCUGUGCUUCUGCAUCGGGGACAUUGAUACCACCGCCAACACGUCCACCGGCGUGCCGGUCAUCCAGAUCUUCUACGAUUCCACGGGGAGCAAGGCGGGGACGUGCGUCUUGGCCAGCAUGAUCACGGUCAUUGUCAUAGUCGCCGGGAACAACCUGCUGGCCGAGGGCUCGCGGAGUGUCUACGCUUUUGCGCGGGACCACGGGCUGCCGUUCUCGGGGGUGUUGUCGAAGGUGCAGACGAAACAUCGCAUUCCCCUGAACGCGAUUCUGCUCACGUUGAUCGUGCAGCUGGCCCUGGAUGCUAUCGACUUUGGCACUACCACGGGCUUCGAGACUGUCAUUGCCAUCUCUACCGAGGGAUUCUAUGUCUCUUACGCCCUGGCUCUUAUCGCCCGUCUCCUCGGCUUUCUCACCGGCCACAACCCUGUCAUGAAGGGACCGUUCGCGCUGCCGCAGCCUCUGUCCAUCGUGCUGAACAUCCUUGGACUGCUGUUCCUCCUGUUCGCUGCCAUCACGUUCAACUUCCCCCAGACCUACCCCGUGACCCAUGAAUCGAUGAACUACACGUCCGCGGCGAUUGGGGUUAUUGCGGUGAUCAGCUUUGUGACCUGGAUUACGACGGGCAGGAAGCAUUUUACUGGGCCGGCGGCGAUGCAGGUGGUGCAUGGGCGGAACAAAGAUUCUGAGCCAAGUGGAGAAGUUAGCGAGAAAAGUUGA